UGUCUCCUGCCCGGCGUGCUUGUUCCUCUGCUGCGCGAUUCAUCACUUUUCAUUCCGAAACGAGCCUGAAGCAGGGAGUAUACUGGCAAGAUGGCGGCGCGGUGGGGAGCAGGCGAGGAGACUUUAACAGCGUGCAAUAUGGAUUUUUUCCCCAUGGAUACACUAGACGAGACUGAUGGCCUGAGCCCUGGAGAAACUCUGGAGGCCCUACAGAGCUUGGACCCCUCUAUACUUUCAAUGUUUGAGGACGCGCCCACGAUAGAGACUAAAGGACUAGACGAGGAAAGUGAAGCCACGCUGCUAACCGCCCUGACUGAGAUCCUCGACAAUGUGGACGACGAGAACCUGUCCCCGUUUGACACACUGCCCGACGCAGACCUGUUGUCAGGUCAGAAGGGCAGGGAACACUCUCCGCUCAGGAGACUGAUGUGCCUGUCCCGCUCUCCUCCAGAGAAAGACGCAUUCUGUAACACAAGAUCCCUAUCUACUGGAAAGAGUAUUCCCAGGAUACUUGCAGACUCUCUCCAGAGAAGUGACGGGGAGGAGGAGGAAGAUGGCUCUUUCACUCUGAGCCCAGUGAGCCACGACUCAUCUCCUGACGGAGACCUGCUGGAUUGGAAAAGUCUCACCCUGCCCCUCCCCAUCACCUUGGAGCAGGAGGAUGAUGGCGGCAUUCCCGUGUGCCUGGGGGACUUGGUCAGGCACAUGCACCCGUACUGUAUGACCUUUUGUGUGGAGAAUGACGUAGGGGAACAGAUGUUGCCUGAAGGAGGCAUCUUACUUGAAGUUGUUGACCAGGGUGAAAAUGGAGAACCUAUCCUGGCCAUCCCAGACAUGGAUCUCCCAGCCUCUCUUGCACUAAAAGAGCAGAAGGAUUCAGAGGAAGCAGAGGAAGUUGCCUCUGACACUUCAGAGCACAUAGUAGUUGAUGACGAAGAUGUAACUGUCACAGAGUAUCCAGUAAAAGAUGCAACCCCUGUGACACCAGGCAUUAAAGAUGAAAUGAUUGUUAGAAGACAGAAAGAAGAGAUUAAAGAGAAAAGCCCCUCCAAGAGGAAAAAGAAGAAAAGCAAGGAGCAGCCUCAAUCUAAACCUGUGGAAGGAAGAGUCCUUAGGAGUGGUAGAUUAAGAAACACAACACAGGAGCUGCCCAAAAAACUUGAAAAAAAGAUGGUGAAAGAAGUAAAGAAGCAAAGAAUCCCAAAGGUUCCUCCUGCCCCAACUCAAACUUCUUCCUCUAAAGAACCUAAGAAACUAAAUGCAUGCCAAACUGAAGUUGCCACUACAAAACCUUUGCCUGUACUGAAAAUACGAGUCGCCACAUCUGAAGUGUCCCAAAAAAGGGAACCUGAGAAGAAUCAACCCAAGAGUUCACCCGCAGUGCUGAGCUCCAAACAACCGGAAGAAAUGCCCGAGCAGCCGGCAAAGACCCCUGAGAAGCCUGAAGACUCGUCAGUAGCUCCCUCUGCCGUCGUCCCCCCAGUGCCUGCAGAGAGCUCCACAGCUGCUCCUGGUGUCGCAGCACACCCCAUGACACCGCCUGUAAGCGAGGCCCCCGCUCCUGUGGCCCCUGCGGUCCCAGAGCCGAAGCCCAAAUCCCUCAGUCUGGCUGAGUACAGGCGGCUGCGGCAGCAGAAGAAGCCGGCCCCAGUGGAGAAACAGGACGACAACAGCACCAAGUGGCCGAGCCUCCCCGAGCUUCCCAAAGAGCUUCCCCUUAUCCCCUGCCUGCCCGACCCCAGCCCCAAAGAUCCUCGACGCCCAAACGUACAAGCAGCAAAGAAAGAAGUGGAGGAGGUCAGACCUGCCUGGCAGCCAAGGGGACCGUGUGCUCCGCCUACUCCUGAGGCUCUGUUGGUGCCGCCUGCCUACAUGGUGGCCUCAUCCAACAAGGCUUCAGCAGCUCCAUCUGUUUCUAAACCCCGGCAAACAGCUGAUGAACCCAAACCUUCUCCACCUCAAAACCCCUCGCCUCCUGCUGCUAUUUCAGUGAAGAAUGUAUCUGCACAGCCCCAAUCCACUGCUCACCCUGCAGCACUUUGUGCGCCCCGGACCUCUGAGUCUCCAGCUUCCCCACCUGAUGCAAAAUGUUUACCUGCACUUUCAAAGGGACAUUGUGGAGUAGCUGAAAGGCCCACAUCUCAACCUGCAGAAGUCACUAAAACCUCUCCCAAAACCACUACAGAGGUGAUGAAACCCAUCGCUGCCACUGUGCCUGCGCCCAGGAAGAUCACGGUUGUUUUCCCAAAGGUGCCCGUGGUCACUGCUCCUCCCUCAAUAAAGAGCAGCCCCUCAUCUGUCAGCAUGGCCACCAAACCCACAGCGGACGGUACGAAGCUCUGUUCCUCUCCUGCUAAUCAUCCCUCAGAACCCAGAAGUCUAAAGAUCUCCAAACCUGUUGUGCUUGAAAAUAAAGAGAAACCCACUACAGCACUGAAACCUCAAAGCGCUAAGAGCUCCACACAGGAGCUGAUAGAGGCCUUCACCAGUGAGAUAGGAAUCGAAGCUGCUGAUCUGACGAGCUUGCUGGAGCAGUUUGAGGAAACCCAAGCCAAAGAGGAGAAAUGUGUGCCGGAGGUCUCUGGUAGAGCAGCAGCUGUAGGAAACUCUAGCGUUGAGGUGGCUCCAGAGAAAACAGUUGUGGAGCGUGUGAGGGCUAACGACCUCUCAAGCACAGCAGCUCUGACUCCUCCAGCCACUCCUCCCCACCAGAUGUGGAAGCCCCUGGUCCCUGUGGCCCUGCUGGGGAAGAGCAAGGCGGCAGAGGCCUCAAAGUCUAGCCCUUCCAAGGUCAUCCAGAUAGAAGCCCGGCCUCUGCCCUCAGUCAGGUCCCGCAGCAAACCCACUCCAGCUGCUGCUGCCGUCUCCCCAGAAGUGGCCUGCAUGGACCAUGACUACUGCCUUCCCAACAAAGGUGCUUCAAACGGUGAGGCAGGCAAGCGCUGGAACGUCAAACAGCAGUCUUUCAUCACCAUUAAACCAAUCACUACACAAACACCACCAGCUGUCCCAGUGUCGUCUGCGCGGGCUAACACGAACGCUGUGGCCGCAAGCAAACCCCAAGAUUUAACUCGCACAGAGCUAGAUCACAGGACUGAUGAGAUGGAGAGAAGCUCUGUUCUGGAGACUCCUGACGCUUCGCCUUCUCAUCCGGAGACUGAUGGCACUUUCAAAGAGGGAAGCCCCAGGAGAGGACCUUACGGAAGGUCUUACCGCCGACACACUGCUUCUCGCUCGCCCAGCCCCAGAGCGAGUCGCAUCGAGAGGACCGGAGGCUGGUGAAAAAGAUCCCGCCGCUCUCCAAGCCCCAUGUCAAGUGGUUCAGAGUCAGACUCCCAGUCCUCCAGAUCUCGGUCUACAUCCCGAUCUCCCUCUAAGAAAAGGUAUCGCUCUCGCCAUAGGGACAGAAGCUCCAGCUCCUCUUCCCGUUCCUCCUCUGGGUCCUCUCCCUCUGUGUCCCGCUCCCCGCCCAGAAGGCGGAGGUACUCUUACUCUUCCUCUCGUUCUGGCUCUUGGAGUCGCUCCAGGUCACGUUCUCGAUCUCCUCAGAGGCAAGCACAGUGGAAUAGGAGCAGAAGAUUGCACAGUCCCAUGCAGAGGCCCCAAUUUGGUACAAACAUGAAUGUGGAAGAGGUGAAGAGAUGCAAGGAGAAAGCCAUUGAGGAGCGUCGGGUUGUUUACGUUGGUCGAAUUCGGGGAACGAUGACUCAGAAAGAACUUCAGGAGCGCUUCUCUCUGUUUGGGGAGAUUGAAGAAUGCACCCUGCACUUUAGAGAUCAUGGGGACAACUACGGCUUUGUGACCUAUUAUGACACCAAGGAUGCUUUCACGGCCAUCGAGAAUGGAAGCAAGCUGCGCAAACCCGAUGAGCUGCCGUUUGACCUCUGUUUUGGUGGAAGGAGACAGUUCUGCCAGACCAGCUACGCUGACCUAGAUUCAAAUAGAGAGUACGAUCCAUAUCAGGGGAAAGUCAAGUGUCAAACACUCGACUUCGACACUUUACUGAAGCAAGCCCAGCAGAAUCUGAAGAGGUAACAGGAGGCCUGCAGCAGGAAUCAGCUGACACUUACCUCAGAGCCAGCGGUUGGCUCCUCACCUGCAACACUGUCAUUACUUUUUAGUUGUUGCAUACAUUUUGCAUUUGUUUUUGUUUGUUUUAUAUUGUUUCUGCAAGCUACCACCUUCUAUUGAAGUGAAGAUUUGUAAUGAAAGUAGUAAAAGAAAAAAAAUGGAAUAAUGGAGAUUAUUAAUUUUUUAAAAAGUUUAUUUAAAUGUAAAAUUCAAUUUGAAUUGUAUGGAAAAUAAUUUUUAAAAAAGGGGGAAAGCAUGUCAACUGGAACUCCUUUAUUAUUGGGAGAGGUUGUAAUACAUUAUGCAAAUGUACUGCGAACCUAAAUAAAAUGAAAAAUACUUCA